AUGGCAAAGGACUGUCGACCACAAUGGAUCGUUGAUUCUCACAUCAAAGAUGUUGAUUUACAUGGUUAUCAAUCUAUUGAUCUUGCUCUUAAUAAAGUAAGAGAGACUUUGUCGACAGCAAAAAAACAUGAACUGAAUUCAUACAAAUUUAUUCCUGGUCGAGGAACACAUUCAGAAGUCAAUGAAUUCGAUCGAAAAUACAAAGAGACAAAGAAUUGGAAGCGUAAAGUCGACUCUCGAUUGUUAGAAGCUGUUAGAGAUUAUCUUAAAACGGUAAUAAAUGAUUUUCAUGUGUAUGAAAUGUCCGCUCAAAAUAAAUCUACUGAGAUCUAUGUUCGUUUUAAUGGCAAAAAAUAUGCGGAAAAGAACUGUUCAACAUCAUUCUAUCUGUCCGACGAUCUUUUACCACCACAAUUCGAAUCAGACAAUGAUGUUUAG